AUGCUUACGCGUCUGCGAUCGCUGAACCCCGAUCUGAUCUUCUCGUUCUACUACCGCAAGAUACUUAGCGUGCCGGUGCUAGAGACGGCGCGUCGUGGAUGCUACAAUAUGCAUGGCUCUUUGCUACCUCACUACCGUGGACGAGCCCCCGUCAACUGGGCCCUCCUGCACGGUGAAACCCAGACGGGCGCCACCCUCCACGAAAUGGUCCGGAAGCCUGAUGCAGGCGCUAUUGUGGGGCAAAUGGCAGUGCCUAUCCUGCCCAAUGAUACGGCCUCGGAUGUGUUUUCCAAGGUCUUAGUCGCGGCCGAGUUGGUGCUCUGCCAAACCCUCCCCGAGAUAGUGAGGGGCACGGUGGUAGCGAGAAAGAUGGAUCUCAGAUCCGGGUCCUACUUUGGGGGACGCAAACCACAGGACGGGUUGAUUGAUUGGGGCACGAUGGGAGCACGACAGAUUCAUAAUCUUGUGCGAGCUGUGACCCAUCCGUAUCCGGGGGCGUUCAUGGACACGGCGAGGGGACGAAUCACGAUUUGGCGCACGUUGGUGCUAGACGAUAGCCCUACCUCUUCCGCUCGGCCUAGUCUGCUGCAGGAAGGAGGUCAGUUGCGAGCAAUUGCUUGCGAUGGAGGGGUUCUGCGGAUUGUCCACGCUGAGUUGGAGGGGCGAUUGUUGGACCAGGAGACUUUUACGAAGGUCUUCGGCUCCUCAUACCCACUUCCUUGCAUACUGCCCAAUAAGGCCAUGCCAUGUGGCGUAGUCCAUACAACGAGGGGCAGAACUUAA